GCAGUAGUUGAGCUGCUAAAAAUCGUCAUUAUCACCUGCCUAUAUAGCGACCACGAUCGACGGACGAUCCCCGGAAUCCUGCGCGCAUCGUCAACCGCGAUCGUUCACCACGACCUGCUCGCGUCCUCCAUGGUCUGUGAAAGCACAUCGUACGCCUCAAACGUCCCCGGAUGACUCGCGAGGAUAUCAUCGAUGCCUUCAUCGUUGGCAAGGAUCGCGUCUUUGCCGGAGGAGAGGGUGCACGACCUCGAAACGUCGAAGGCAUCCCACCUCCAUCUCGUGUCGCAGUCGAUGCUGACUUUUAUGAGUCGGUUGACUCGGUCUCGGAGGUUUUGUCGGUGUUCGACAUAGCUAGCGUCGUACGAGCUGGCGUCAAGGUGGAUUUGACCUACAACGUGGAGUAAUGGGUGUUGUAGUUGACCCCUGUGUUAAGAUUGAUUGGCAUCGCCGCCAUCGGAGACUCGCCGAUACCACCCCAAAGC